CAUCCAUUGAUCUGAGGAGGUAAUGCUUUCUGAUAAAAAACUGAGAAGCCAAUACUAAGAAAAGGGAUAUGAGGAGUCAAUGCUACUAGUAUGUGAUUCGAUCUGGAUAGUAUAUACAAUGUGAUCGGAUCUGAUAUUGAAAUAUCAUGGCAACAAAUCUUACUGGCAAUAAUAAAAAUGCUACUCAGUGUCGCGAUUUAGGACCAAUUAAAGAAGAGCCAUUUGGAGGUAUGAUCAAAUGGAUUGCUCUCACACAGGCAGUAGGAAUAAUCAUACUUAACACACUUCUUAUACUGUUGCUAGCCAGACGAAAGAAACCGAGCAGAAUGGCCUUCUUUGUUCAACAUUUAGCAAUCGCUGAUUUAUCAGUAGGAGUGCUGUAUGUUUUACCAGACACUAUAUUUUCAAGGUUUCUAAAUAGCUGGGAGAAAUAUUUCUGUCUCAUAUUUUAUGGGAUUUGUGCUAACAUAACAAUAUUUGCAUCUACAUUUCUAAUUGUUGUCCUGACGAUCGACAGAUUAUUUGUAAUAAUAAGACCAAUAUCCGCUUCAACCACAGGCAAGAAAUAUCGUUAUGGACUUGUAUCCGGUGCAUGGUUGCUCGCUAUUAUUAUGGGUAUACCGUAUGCUGCUCAUGCGUUUUUUUCAUGUACGGUUCAGGGAAUAAAUAUAUGUGGUCAUAAUUUCCAAAAUGUACAGGCAGUUGUUGUUGCUGAAAUUUUUAUCAAUGUCGUUAUUCCUGUCAUUAUUAUAUCAUUCUGUUACACAUGGAUCGUAUAUAUCAUCUGUAGGCGGGAAAAGGCGGGAUUCAAUGCACCACAGAAGGUCAGAUUCUCAAAGGGGUCAACGACUCUGAUGGGAAAAUUCAAGAAAAUGGAAUCUAGUUCAUCAUCCGUCAUUACAAAUGCUAAGAAGAAAACUAUAAAAAUUUUGUUAGUAGUAGUUAUUGUGUACAUCGUUAGUUGGACUCCUCUUAAUGUGGCACAAGUACUGAGUGCAUUUGAAGUGAUACCACCAAACGAUAUCUACGUUUUUUUACACGUGCUAGCUCCGGUCAACAGCAUAAUGAACCCAUUAGUAUUCCUGAUAUUUAAUCGUCAAAUGUUUAUGCAGGAUAGAAGUAGAAGUACGAGUACUGCAUAUAACACUGCUACUCACAUUGAAUCCAUUAAUCAUUGAAGACAUUAUGUGCCAAGAUAUCCCAUGUUGGAUGCAUGAAAAGGCGGGACAUAUACUGCGUAAUUUCACCUUGGAAUAUAUACCAUAUAAACGAAAGUCAUCUAUCAGAAACCUUUUUAAUAUAUAAAGAAUAUUUAAUAAAGUAUUGACAAGCUAAUGCUGUCGAAUAUGAAAGAAAGAACACAAAGAAGAAGAGAUUUGGGAAAAAUAUUAAUGGGAAACAAGUUUUUUUUUAAAUCUCGGAAGAUCUCACAAAGAAAAAUUCCAUCAAAUUUGUAUGUGUGCCUCAUUCGAUGUAUACUUAUAACUGUAAUUGUUAUUCUAUUUUUUUUCUAAAUUUAAACAUCGACUUAUAUAAAUAUGUAUUUCA